AUGGGGUUUAGCACUGAUUUCUGUGACUGUUUCAGCGACUUGGGUACCACGAUGGAUGUUUUCUUUUGCUUCCCGUGCAACGUCAGCCGCCAGUGGAAUGCGACAUAUGGCAUCUACGACUCGUGCUCCUGCUUGUACUGCUUGGGGACGAUUCUUUGUCCUUUUGUAUCACUCUGCUGCCUUCGUCAGACCGUCUCUGCCAAGUUUGCUCUGGGCGAGGGGUUUUGUGAGGUGUGCUUGCGUUCGUGCUGCUGCCCCUUGUGUGCGGCGUGCCAGAUCCAUCGUGAGUUGACGAUGCAUGGCGUGCCGCCCGGUGGAUGCUGUUGUAAACCGUUACUUGAAGGUGAGG